AUCCAAGAUUCUAAAACGCUCCAGGGAUAAAAAGGGCGGCAAAGAGCUGCACACACGCCUUGGCAGCGGGUUCAGGGUUUAGGAGGCGCGGAGGAAGAGGGCGGUUGUCGGAGACAUGGCUUUCUGGGGAGUGGAAGUGAAACCAGGAAAGCCUUUUACUCAUAAAUACGAGGAUUCCAAAGGACGCCUCCAUAUUUCAAUGGCCACUCUUGGGUUGGGCACUGCGAUAGCAAAAAGCACACUGCAGUGCAAUGUGGGAAACAGGAGCCCUGUAUAUCUAUGCUCGCUCUAUCCUGGAAACGCAGAGUCAUUGCAAUUAAACUUAGAGCUCGAAGAAGUUGAUCAUGUUCUUUUCUCUGUAAUUGGUCCUCGGAGCAUUCAUCUCUGCGGGUACUAUCUCGCCACUGCCCGCAACGCCAAUCUUAUUGAUGAUUCUGAAUCAUAUGGAGAGGAUAUCGCUGAUACAGAAACAGAGAAAUCUGAUUACAGUGACGAAGAUGGGUAUGAUGAUAGUUUCAUUGACGAUGACAUUGUUCCAGAGGCUUCCUCACCAUCUCUUAUUUCCAAAGAAGAGGAAGCUUCUCAUGAGAACGGACCAAAAAUUAAGAAAGGCAGUCUUCGACGGCUUAGGAAGAUGUACCAGUCAGUUGAGUCAGAUGAUGAUAGCUUUGGCGGAGAAAAGAUAGGAGAAAAGAUAAUUGUCAAUGACAGAAUCCAUGACAAAAUCCAGGAAACUGACAAUGAAGAUAGCCUACCUAUUUCAUCUAUUUACAAGAAUAAAGCCUCUGGAAGGGUAUUGGACAAAGAAAUGGAUGUUAGUGUUGUCAGAGGAGCUGGUGAUGCCAGCAACAAGAAGGAGGAAGAUGGUGUAAAUAAUAUUUUUGAAACAAAUCUAGAGGCUGGACAUGUCCUUGUAGAUAGUCAGACACAUAGGGAAGCUGUGCCAUCAAAGCACUUGGUAGAUCCUUGCACAUCUCUGGAUGUUGGGGAUAUUAAAAGUCCAAAAAAGAAAAAGAAGAAAAAGAAGAAAAAGGAAAAAGAGGCAAAGAGUUCCUGUAGUGGCCGUUCUACCAAACUAGAAAAUGUUAUAAAUGAGCUAAAAAUGGAAGACAUGACCCAGGUUAUUGUGGCAGGAGGUAAACAAGAGCAGCAUGUUGAUGAUAAGGAAACUGAGACCACAGAUAAAAUACUGCCUUCCUCUCAGGUUGAUCAUGGACUGGAUGAAAAGCCAAAGAAGAAAAGGAAAGAAAGAUCUAAAGAGGGGAUGGUUUCAAUUGCUACUGAUGGUUAUCAUAACAGUCUUGUUAAUCUGCCUCUAAGAAAUGAACAACCCACAGUUAAUGAUAGGGAUGUUAAAAUUUCAGGCAAUGCUGCUGAGAUGGAUCCUAAAAAGAAUAGAGCAAAGAGGAAAAAGAAAUAACAAGUAAGCAAAAGUGACUAUGGAUAUAAUGAAGAAAUCUUCCAAGAGGACAAGGCCAACAGAGAUGCAGCAGGGUCACAGAAUGCGAUUCAUAAUUUUUUUGAAGAAAAAGAGCAGCAUCAGAAGCUAACUAAUGAGAAAUUAGAAUCUAUUACACUGGCAAGUUGAAGGAAAAUGGAGCUGUCUUUGAGUCAAACGCUGGCCAAACUCCUUUCAAAUUUCGCCUUG